ACAGGGAUCUCGAUUAGGACAUGAUACUAUUGUCGACGGCAUGCUUAAAGAUGGUCUUUGGGAUGUCUAUAAUGACUUUGGAAUGGGAGUUUGUGCUGAAAUGUGUGCUGAUCAACAUUCCAUUUCAAGGGAAGAGCAGGAUUCUUAUGCCAUUCGAAGUUUUGAGCGUGGAACUUCUGCGCAAGAUACUCGUCUCUUUGCAUGGGAAAUUGUUCCGGUUGAACUUCCUGGGGGACGAGGAAAGCCUUCUUCAACUGUUGACAAGGAUGAUGGUUUAAAAACAUUUGAUGCGGCAAAAUUAAGGAAGCUUCGACCAAGUUUUAAGAAGAAUGGGGGUACUGUUACUGCUGGGAAUGCUUCUCUCAUAAG